GUGGGGUGAACGUAGGCGGGUCCAUUCUGUUUCUCUGUGUGCUCUCAAUGUCCAGGCGUUUUGCUCUAAGGGGGAAAAACAUAUUGAUGUGUCCGGGCAGUCCGCAAAUAAGAAGAAGAAGGGGAGAGUGAGGAGAAGUAGAAGAGGGGACAGUGGAUUUUAGGAGCCAAACAUGGAGGAGGAAGAGGAGGAGGUCCUGGGGUACUUGGACAGGGUUUUGGAAGAGGACGAAGAGGUGUUUGACUGUGGAAAUGGAGAGCUGGAUCCCAUCACACCGCUGCAUAGACAGUUCAAGGGAGACAUUGAAAAGGGACUGGAGAUGAAGAAACUGGUGCUAUCUGGGUUUUUGGCCAGUGAAGAAAUCUACAUUAACCAACUUGAAGCCCUCUUAUUGCCCAUGCGUCCCCUCAAAGCCACAGCCACCACCUCCCAGCCUGUCUUGACCAUCCAGCAGAUCGAGACCAUCUUCUACAAAAUCCAGGACAUUUUUGAGAUCCACAAAGAGUUUUAUGAUGCGCUUCUUCCCAACAUCCAGCAGUGGGACGAGAAGGUGACUGUGGGACACCUGUUUCAGAAGCUGGCGAGUCAGUUGGGAGUGUACAAGGCUUUUGUGGAUAACUACAAAGUUGCACUGGAGACAGCAGAGAAGUGCAGUCAAGCUAACAGCCAGUUUCAGAAGAUAUCAGAGAACCUGAAAGUCAAGGGCCCUAAAGACUCUAAAGACUGCACCACCUCUGUGAGCAUGGAGGCUCUCCUCUACAAACCCAUUGACCGUGUCACCAGAAGCACCCUGGUCCUUCACGAUUUGUUAAAACACACGCCCAAAGACCACCCGGACUUCCCUCUGCUCCAGGACGCUCUGAGGAUCUCCCAGAACUUCCUCUCGUCCAUCAACGAAGAGAUCGACCCGAGAAGGACCGCUGUCACCACACCCAAAGGAGAGGCUCGUCAGCUGGUGAAGGAUGGAUUUUUGGUGGAGGUGUCGGAAAACUCCAGGAAGCUCCGUCACGUCUUCCUCUUCACCGAUCUGCUGCUCUGUGCCAAGAUGAAAAAGACCGCUGUGGGUCGGCACCAGCAGUAUGAGUGUAAGUGGUACAUCCCUCUAGCAGACCUGACCUUCCAGACCCUGGACGAGUGUGACUCCUGCCACAGUGUUCAGGUGCCCGAGCAUGAGAUCGAGGAGAUGAAGAUGAAGAUCUCUGUCCUCAAGAGCGAGAUCCAGAAAGAGAAGAAAGCCCCCAAAGGCCAAAGCCGCGUGGAAAGAAUGAGGAAGAAGAUGAAUGAACAAGAAUCCUGGCUGCUUAUGCACUCCCCAACCAUCCCCUUUCGCAUCCACAACAAACAUGGAAAAAGUUAUCUAUUCUUGCUGUCUUCGGACUAUGAGAGAUCAGAAUGGAGGGAAAGCAUACAAAAACUACAGAAGAAAGACCUCCAGGCUUGCGUUUUGAGUUCUGUUGAGCUGCAAGUUCUCACCAGCUCUUGUUUCAAACUCCGCACCGUCCACAAUAUCCCGGUCACCACUAACAAAGACGAUGAGGAGACUCCAGGCCUCUACGGCUUCCUCCAUGUGAUCGUUCACUCAGCCAAAGGAUUUAAGGAGUCAGCCAAUUUAUACUGCACCCUGGAAGUGGACUCCUUUGGAUACUUUGUCAGCAAAGCCAAGACCAGAGUGUUCAGAGACACCUCAGAGCCACAGUGGAAUGAAGAGUUUGAGAUUGAGUUGGAGGGCUCCCAGUACCUGCGGAUCCUUUGUUAUGAGAAGUGCUAUGACAAAAGCAUGCUCAAUAAAGAUGAUAACGAGAUCGUGGACAAGAUCAUGGGCAAAGGACAAGUCCAGCUCGAUCCUCAGACGGUGCAGUCCAAGAACUGGCAUAUGGACGUCAUAGAGAUGAAUGGGAUCAAAGUGGAAUUUUCCAUGAAGUUUACAAGUCGAGACCUCAGCUUGAAGAGAACGCCCUCCAAAAAACAGAGUGGGGUGUUUGGAGUCAAAAUCAACGUAGUGACAAAGCGUGAACGCUCCAAAGUGCCUUACAUCGUCCGACAGUGCAUUGAGGAGGUGGAGAAGAGGGGCAUCGAUGAAGUGGGGAUCUACAGGAUCUCAGGGGUGGCCACAGACAUCCAGGCUCUCAAACUGGCCUUUGACACAAAUACCAAAGACAUACUAAUGAUGCUGAGUGACAUGGACAUCAAUGCCAUUGCUGGGACACUGAAGCUGUACUUCAGGGAGCUGCCUGAACCUCUGCUCACCGACCGCCUCUACCCUGCCUUCAUGGAGGGCAUAGCUCUUUCAGAUCCAGCUGCCAAGGAGAACUGUAUGAUGCACCUCCUCCGCUCUCUGCCCGACCCCAACCUCAUGACCUUCCUCACUCUGCUGGAGCAUCUCAAACGAGUGGCCGAGAAGGAGCCUAUAAAUAAGAUGUCCCUCCAUAAUCUGGCCACUGUGUUCGGCCCCACACUGCUCAGGCCCUCUGAGUCUGAGAGCACCAAGGGACAGCACAUCACCUCAGCCUCAGACAUAUGGUCACAUGACGUCAUGGCCCAGGUCCAGGUGCUACUGUAUUACCUCCAGCAUCCGCCCAUCUCCUUCGCUGAGCUGAAACGCAGCACGCUUUACUAUUCCACUGAUGUGUAACUCAGCCACCACCACCUGUCCCCUGUAGGGUGCAGCAUUUGUGGACGAGAAAGAAAUGGAGUAGAGCUGCAGGACAAAGCUCUUCUCCACACUGUACAGAUCCCCUCCAGGUCCACACCAAGAUGCGCCAGAAAACACACAUACAUUUUCUAUGGUCCCCUGUUUGUAAAUGUGAGGACACAAAGGGCAUUCUGGGACCAUAAUGUAAACCUGUCACAAAAAUGUGCUCUUUAAAGACUGAAACUUCUGGUGUUUCCUGUUCAGAUGCAUUCCAGAGUAAUUUUCAUGUUUUUAAAUAUGUUUCCCCAUCUGAGUUUGUGCAUGUGGAGGAAGUGUGAGUGACAAUAUGGAUGUACACUUGCAAGAAUGCGUGUCUCAAGGACUGGACAGUGGUAAUAACUGCUGUUGUUGAUGUGAGAGCCCCACUGGCCAAAUUACCCCUAUUUAUUUUAAAUAUAUAUAAUAUGUGUGCCUGUACAGUUGUGCAACUAGAGAAAUGCUCUAAGGAGUCUGUUUUUGAAGUUUAUUCAGGUAGUGAUGUUCUUUUUUAGUCUAAUCUUUUUCAUUCACCAUGUACAUGAUUGGUAAGCUGUACUGAAAGGAUCACCUGCCAGUUUAAUUUUGCAAUCACUAAGUAGAGAAUGACGGGCACUCUGAUACAAGGGUUUUGGGGAAAUAACACAAUGAAUGGAACAUUUAGCUUUUUCUUGUUGUUGCAUUGCAAGCCUGUUCCAAGUGUCUUACUGCACUGGUGUAAUCUCUAGGAUGGUUGUGUAGUUUCCUUCGUGCAUGUUCAGCUUGUCAAUCGAGCCAGGCACGGUAACACAAAGGUGGGUUGUCUCUGUGAGGCUAAACCUGUCUGCUCUGUAAAAAGCCAACCUUUUUGCUAUCAAGCCUGUGACAUAUCUACCAAUACUGUAAGCACUGCUAGAUGAGUACUAUUUGAUAUUUUUAAUAUAAGAUUAAAAUAAAAUAAAAAUGUUGUAUUUUACUUCCUUUGGGAAGAAUUUCAAUAUACUGUAAUACCGAGGCUAAAUGUUAAUGUGAACUUUCUCCCCUUUUUAGUAAAAUUAAAGUUACCAAAACACUGUACAA